GGAGCAGCAGGAAAUCCAACGCCAGGUGCAGGCGAUGCUGCAGGAGGGCAUCAUAGAACCAAGUGACAGUCCGUGGGCUUCCAACGUGGUCCUAGUGGAGAAAAAAGACGGAACUAAAAGAUUCUGCGUUGACUACCGUCGCCUGAAUGCCAUAACCAUCAAGGACUCCUAUCCAAUCCCUCGUAUUGACGACUCCCUAGACUCGCUUGCUGGGUCCAAGUGGUUUUCCACUUUGGACCUGGCAUCAGGAUACUGGCAAGUGGAAUUGGACCAGGAGGCCAAACAGAAAUCUGCCUUCGUAGUGAGAGGGGGGCUAUACUCCUGGCGGGUAAUGCCCUUCGGGCUUUGCAAUGCCCCCUCCACUUUCGAAAGGUUAAUGGAACGGGUACUUGAGGGUCUCCACUGGGAAACGUUGUUGGUCUACCUUGACGACGUCAUAGUCUUUGCACAUACUGUGGAGGAAGAGCUCUCUCGCCUGGAGGCGGUGUUCGUUCGCCUUCGUGAGGCAGGGCUUAAACUUAAGCCAAAGAAGUGUGAGCUGUUCAAGGAGAGCGUGCUUUACUUAGGGCACGUAGUAUCUGGAGACGGAGUAGCAACGGAUCCUGAAAAGGUGGAAGCCGUUCGUGAGUGGCCUGCACCUACCAAUGUGCGGGAGGUUCAAAGCUUCCUGGGAUUAGUGUCCUAUUAUCGGCGUUUCAUCAGGGGUUUCGCCGAUGUGGCUCGCCCACUGCAUCGCCUUACGGAGAAGGCUCGGAAAUUUGAAUGGAGCGACGAGGCCGAGGGUGCUUUUCAAGAACUGAAACGUCUACAUUCCGACCAAGGGAGGAAUUUUGAAUCUCAGGUGUUCUCAGAGAUGUGCACGGUCCUUGGGAUCGAGAAGACGCGCACAACACCCUACAAUCCCAAGUCGGAUGGGAUGAUCGAGAGGUUUAAUCGCACCCUCCUCACAAUGGUAUCGGUGAUGAUUGAGCCCCACAAGCAUCAGCGAGAUUGGGACACUAAACUUCCCUUUGCCACCUUCGCUUACCGAGCGACGCCACAGGAGUCGACCGGUGAAAGCCGUAACAUGCUUAUGUUGGGCCGAGAGGUGUCCCUUCCGAUCGACCUGAUGACCGGAGCGCCUAUCGAGGAUGACCAUGGUUCAAGGGCCAACAAGGAGAUGAUGGAGAAGCGUGACGCACCAGAAAAGGGGCGGGUGGAGUGUCCCCAGUGCCAUGUUUUCCUGCAUCGUAGGAGCUACGAGCGCCACAUGGUCAACGAACACGGGCCUAGACUUCACUUCUGGUGUUUGAGGUGUGCGCACAAGAAUAGCCGAAGAGACAACCUCAGAGCCCAUUACCGCGACUGCCAUCCUAACAACGUCCACGAGGUCGACCGAAUACCAGGAGAGACUUACGAGGAACAUGAGCGUAACCAACUGGGCAGCAGAGAUGGUGAGGGGAGGAAGUCAGAGAAGUUGAGAUCGCCACGUGUUGGUAGCGGCAGUGCGCCUGACAAGGGGAAGAGGGAAUCUGGGAAGUCCAAACCCAACGAGGAUAGGGAAAAGAAGGCAGACAAGAAACGAAGUCGAGAGACGGAAGAAGCAGAGCACCGAAACAAGCAAGUACGAGAGGCGAGACGAGCACCCUGUACGUUGUCUCGAGCUCCUAAUGAAGAGCCUUUGGACCUCUCGGCAGAUGCCUCCCCUGAGAAGAAAAGACGGAGAGUGGUAGCCAAGUCCAAGUCAGCGGGUGAGCCCUCACAGGGGAAGGCAGCGGUACAAGAAACCGAGCUAGCUGACGAUGUACCAAGAGUGGCAGAAGAAGUGGAACUACACACAGCCGAACGGGAAAAAGUGGGCAGCCUGGAAGAAACAGAGGAAAGAGCUGCGAUAAAUCUCUCCCCAACUCCGAUGUUGUGGGACCAGGAGCCUGCAGAGGAGGCCCCAGCUGACACGACACCAACACAGGCGCCCGCUACUGGAAAACCAAGGGGUAUGUUGGAGAUGCUUCGUGGAAAGAGUUGUGAUGCGGUCCAAGGACAACUAGACGAAAAGGGACCAGCAGCAAAACCAGUCCCCGAGUGGCCUCAGCCAUUACUGCCAGAGAAGCUCCUUCCCGGACAGGUGGUAAGAGUGCGGGAGACGAGAGAGACCAACGUAUACUCUGAUGGGGGGAAGGCUAUUUGCGGCGAGAUUCAACGAGAGUACGAGGUAGUCUACCUGAGGCCUAUCAAGGUGAAGAAAUCCAAGGAGCCUUCUUCUACCCCGACGAAGCCACAAGGCGGUAUAAUUCGUCGCCUUACUCGAGACGAGUCAGGAGACCUCGAGGCAGGACCUCCUCUGGCCAAGGAAGAUCUGGAAGCAGCGAUGAUGGGAAAAGUCACCAAGAUAACCGAAACGUCUUCGAGAUCCGUGUACCAGGACAACACCAAGGUCAGCAAGGACAAGACAACUCGUGUCUUUGAUGUUAACUUCCUAACUGGGAUGACUGCCGAGACUGCAGCUACGUAAGGACUUUGUACAUAGUUGCAGGAGAUAAUUUUCACCUGUUAAGGCGUAGUUUGUUUGUAAAGCCAGAAGUUAUAUAUAUACAAAGUUUAGGUAUUCGCGUUUUAUG